AUGUCUUCUUCAGUUCCAUAUGAUCCAUACAUUCCAAAUCAAACUACUGGUGAACAAUCAAACUCAAGAACAGCUGCUAUACAAGCCGUAAGUACCUAUUAAAAGAGAAUGAGUUAUGCGUGAUAAAUGAUACUAACUUUUAUUUAGCAAAUUGAUGAUACUGUUGGUAUUAUGAGAGAUAAUAUCAAUAAAGUUGCUGAAAGAGGUGAAAGAUUAGAUUCAAUAGAAAAUAAAACUGAUAAUUUAGCUAUUAGUGCUCAAGGUUUUAGAAGAGGUGCAAAUAGAGUUAGAAAAGAUAUGUGGUGGAAAGAUUUUAAAAUGAGAAUGUGUCUUAUUUUUGGUAUUAUAAUUGUCAUUAUAGUUAUUGUAGUUCCAAUUGCAGUUCAUUUCAGUUAG